UCUGCCAUAUCUGCUACCUCACACAGCCGGGGCGCAAAUCCUCGCGAAUCGAGGUCAAGAAUAUAUCGGACGAUCGUUUGCUCUUCGGUCGCGGUGAGCUUCUGGCAAUUAGGCUGGCAAUUGGCUCGGGCGAGGGUUUGGUUGUAUCUUCGCUGAAGCUUUCGUGGGCACGCGUUAUACGCGGCGGCGGCGCGUCGUAGGCUUCGAAAUUGGCCUUCCUUAUAGGCUUGAAGUGCAAGCUCUAUUCGGCCUUCUUGUUGAGCUUUAUUAUCUUGUUGUUAUUGAGACAUUUCGUGUUGUAGUAGAGGUAAUAGCUGCCAAGAAAUUCUGCGACACUCGGUGGUGUGCGACACUCGGUGAUGCUUUACGUUAUAACUAUUAUUAAUUAAUAAAUACUCUAAUAUUUAAAAGAUAUUUAAGUAUUCUUAAAUCUAGCGAACUUCUAUAGAAGAUUUAUAAAGGGCUACUUAACUAUAGUAGCACCACUAGCACGCUUAAUAAAGAUAGAAUAUAGAGUACACCUACACCCUUAGCACGAGGAUAGCGACGAAUAAAGGGCUUUCGAUACCCUAAAGAGAUCUUUUACAUCAGCACCAAUCCUAGCAUAUUUCGACCCAGAU